AUGAAAUAUAUUGAGAGAAAUGUUCCGGAGAACAGAUCUUACUAUGAAGAUAGGGAACAUGGGGCUAUGAGAAAAGAAUAUAAAACCAACUAUAAAAGAGUGUUAUGGCCAAUUAAUGUUGGAAUAUAUGAUGUUGAUGAUAAAAAUAUAAAAAAGGAAUUGUGUUUAAUUGUAACAAACAUACCUGUUUAUUGGACUAAAUGCGAUAUUACUUGGUUUUUUAGAGAAUAUUUUUAUAAGUUAGCUAUUAAUGAUAGUAUUGCUUUCCCCUUAAUUGAACAAGUGUAUUUAAUUAAGAAUGAACCUUCAGCAAUUUUGGCUUGUCAUGAUGGUGCUUCAAGAGAAAUAAUUCAGAGCUUAUCUAGUUGUAUGCUAAGAAGUGUUAAGGAUGAAAAGAACAUUUUAUUAACAAUUCACCCAUACUAUAAAAAGCCUGACGAGGAUGAAAAGGAAAAAGUGAGACAUAGAGAAAGGGAAAGACAAAAAGAAAAUGAAAAACAGGAUAGUGAAAGAGAUGCAUGUCAUGUAGAAAAGAACGUAGAAAUAGAAGAAGAAGGCUGUAAUGAAGAUAAAAAUAGAACUGUCAGGAAUCUCCGAAAACGCUCAUUAACCCCACCAAGAACAGAAAACGGAAUGGAAUGGCCAAGAAAUCUUGAUGUAAGGAGUUGCAAUAAUCAUGAGCUGAGAAGGAGACUGUGCGUUUUCGGAAGAUAUAAACCUUUACAUUGGGGGGCAAAAGAAUUAUCACUAUUCUUGAAAUACUAUUUUGAAACAUUAAAAAGGGAUAACGCAAAUUUUGAAAUUCCAGAAAUAAGUGAUAUGUGGGCAGAUAAGGGAACACAUUUAGUUACAUUUGCUUGUAAAAAUGAGAAGUCCAGAUUUAACAUGCUGUUAAUAAGAGCGUGUUAUUUAAAUGAAGAAGAUGCAAAAAAUAAUUUAAAAAAUUCUUUAAGAGUAUGGGUUCAAUUUGAAAAAUGGACACCCUAUAAGAAUUCAUUUACAGAUAGGUACAAAAAUAAUAAAAUGCAGAGAAAUGAUUUUUUUAAUAAAUAUAAUCCUAUUCAUGAACACUCUAUUGAUAAGAAUAGUUAUAAAAAUAGAAUCUUAAGAAAACCAUUAUAUGACAGUUUUUCAAGAAAUAAAACAAAUUCCUUUAGAACAAAUUUGAAUUUACAUAAUAAAUUAAAUCAUACCUCAAAUUACAUUUAUCAUAAAGAAGAUAGAAACAAGAGAAAUUACAAUAAUGUAAAAAAUAAUUAUGCCAAUAGAUCCCGCUCCCCAUAUUUUAACAAAUACAAAAAAAAAUAUUCUCCAUCUCCUUCCCUUAAAAAUUAUUAUAAAACAAAAAAAUUUAGAAAAUCGCAUUCAAUUGAUUCACGUAAGGAAGAAGUGGAUAGUUACUGGAGUAAGAGUAAUAACAAACCCCAUAAUCGUAACUUUUCACGUUCUUUCUCGAGAAAAUAA